AUGGGUCAGAAGCAACCAAAGUUAAAACAAGAUGCCGUUGAAGAAUUAUUAACUCAAACGUCUUUUACGGAAGCAGAAAUACAAGAUUGGUACAAAGGUUUCCUGAAGGAAUGUCCAACUGGUCAUUUAUCCAUCGAUGAUUUUAAACGUGUAUAUACCAAGUUUUUUCCAUACGGUGAAUCAACACGUUUUGCUGAAUGUGUCUUCCGGACAUUCGAUAAAAAUCGUGAUGGUUUGAUUGAUUUCAGGGAUUUUUUAUCUUCAUUAAAUAUUACAAGUCGUGGUGAUUUACCACAGAAAUUACGUUGGGCAUUUACAAUGUAUGAUUUAGACAAUGAUGGGUAUAUAUCAAGGCAAGAUUUAAUUGAAGUGCUUACGGCAAUAUAUGCAAUGAUUGGAUCAGCUGUUGAAUUUAACGACUCUGAAGCUACACCAGAAAGGCGAACAGAGAAAAUUUUUCAACUGAUGGAUUUAGACAGAGAUGAUCGUCUUUCAUUGGAUGAAUUUAUUAGCGGUGUACAAAACGACAAACUGUUAAUGCGUCUACUCACCUUGAAUACACAUCCAUCGCAUAAUCAUCAACACCAACAGUCUUGUUUGAAUACUUGUCAUUAUUCAACAGAUGAUGGUAAUGAUGUUCAUGAUCAUGAUCAUUGUACAGACAGGUCAGUAGUAGUAACCAGUCAAUCAGCUUGCAAACAAAAUGUUAUUUCUGAUUCAACAGAACCUUAA